AUGCCCAUCAUUAACGGCCAGAAGAUGGCCUGUGCGCCAUGUAUUCGCGGCCAUCGUUCUACAAAAUGUACUCAUGCCACCGAGCGCGUUAUGGUGCCCGUGAGGAAACCGGGACGGCCCCUGAGCCUUUGCGCUUGUCCAAAUCGGCCUCCGAACUGCUCUUGCGGAGGCGGAGGUGUCAAGGUGGCGAUUCCUCGAAAGCAGCAGUGUGGAUGUGGUCCUGGUCACGGUAAUUCCGCAGAAGACCACUCGUCUACGGCUGCUGCCCAAGGCAUCCCGUCUCCUCGUUUUCAUGCCUCCUCAUCGACACCGGCGCGACCUGCUUUCAGGGUGAGCAAAUCAGGCUCCAUAUCGAAGCCGCAUGUCCGGUAUCAGCUGCCGACGUUUGACCUAGACCUGGCGACACUCGGCCUGGCCGCACAGCACAAUGCCGCCUUCGGUCCGAACAUGACGGGUGUCUCUGCCGGCGAACUGAUGACGAGCGUUAAUCCAACGGUGCAGCUACCAAUUGGGUGUCAGCCGGGAUUCAACUACGAAAUGGGAUAUCCAGCUGUCAGCGUUAAUGACCCCCCGUUGAACCAACAAACGUUUUCGUCCGCACCCUCAGUGGGACAUAAUGGAAUCGCUCAGUCACCGCCACAGGGAUUCAAGACUGAAAACAGCGCUCUCUCUGAGCAAAUGACCGUCUUCGCUACAUUGCAGAGACAGCAAAUGAUCAACCGCAAUGGGGUUACCGAUGCCACUUUUAUGGGAUCGGAUAGCUUCCCUCGACAACAAGUUGCACAUGGUCAAAGUGUACCGGUGACUCAAAGCAGUCCAUCGGCCACCCUUGGAGAUCAGAGCUUUACCAGCGAGCCCUUACAAUGGAACAAAGUCAAACAGGAUUUGGAUGCCAAAGCCAACGAAACGGAAGGGACGGGCAUAGAGAGCAGCCCUAAGAAAAAGAGCUGUUGUGGCGGCAAUCGUAAUUCACGAGGAUCUCAACAGCACGUUAAUGGCUCUGUUACUGUGUCUCAGUCGGGUUAUGGACAGCCUUCCGCAACCCCUUUGCAGUUCAACACUAAAUCCCCUCUAGAACUCAAGCAACAGCAAGAACCUUUACCGUCCCCAGUCAUGCCCUUCGGUUAUCAAACCGUCUUUCGGUACCCAGAAGAGUACGGUUCCUGGAACCACCCCCUUGACCCCCAAACCUACCAACAAAUAGCCCACCAAGGUGCCGCUACCGCACAAGCAUCCCAACAAGGAGCCGACCUCACCCUUGAUCUGUUCCUUUCCGGCGGAGGAGGUGCUGGCGCUGGGACAAGUCACGAAUGCACUUGCGGUCCCGGCUGUCAAUGCAUCGGAUGUGUCGCACAUCCUUACAACACUCAAACCAUUCAAUACGUCCAGGACGCUUACAACUUCAACAUUGCUAGUCCCAUCGGCAGUCCCGGUGGUCAGAACCAUCGCGGUAGUAUCGACUUUGCUGCUACUGCCGGGGUUCACCAGCAGCAACAGCAACAAUACCAAAUCAGCAGCCCUACUCUUGGUCCUAGAAACGGCCAACAGCAGCAACCCCAGCAGCAACUGCCACCCGAUUCGCCAGUCGAGGCCCAGACGCCCAGCGACGCAUCAGGGACCCCCAGUGAUGAACAGUACCUCUCCACAGCGGACUUUCUGUGGGCGACCAUCCCACUACCUAAUUGUGCCGGCGAGUCUUUAUCUUGUCCGUGUGGAGAUGAUUGUGCCUGUAUUGGGUGUAUGAUCCACGGGAACGCGGUGCCGGCUUUGGCUUGUAUUGGAGAUGGGUUGGAGCAACAACAGGCGUAUGACAUAGGUCAAAAUCAGCAGCAACAUCAGCAACACCAGCAGGUUCAAAGCCAUUGCCGGAGUCAAAGCCAGGGUCACGAGGGUAUGAUGCCCAUGCCGGAUGGAUUACCACAGGGAAUGAUGGAUAGUGGCCCUUCGAGUGUGAUUCCCCUCGCUCACCGAGGCUUGGGAGACAUGAGCGGUUUGAACGUUCCUAACGGCGGCGGCAUGAGCAGUGAUAUAAACAGCGCCAUGUCCAGUCCACGCACGCCUCACACGCCCCGUGGUAUCGACGGCAUCCUCAGGGCUGCUGCCAGUGGCGGUGAUGGUGUUGGUAACAGUGGUGGUGGUGGAUGUUGUUGCGGAGGUAGAGGAGGUGGUGCAGGCAGGAGCACAGAAGUGUCCGUCCCUUAG